CCUGCUCAGGCCAGGGGGAUCCCGCUGACGAAGCAGCGCCUGGCUGACCUAUAGCCCGCCGGUGCCUGGCCACCCAGCACAAUGGCAGAGGAUUUGGGGGUGCCUCUGUCGUAUAGCAACAACAGGUCGCAUGGAUAAUCCCUCCACAGCCCUCCCAUAUCAUCUCGUCUUUGGGAUGAUUAGAGCGCCACCGUCGGCUUGAUGUGGCAGGAGAGCCGUGCGGGAGCGGGGCUUCUCGUCCUGGCUGUCGAUUGAGAGGGAAAACGCAAAAACGGCGUGGAGCAGGUGUUCUGUGGCCAGGGGCUCAGCAGGAUGGAAAUAGAUGCCUGUUUUCGCUACUAUUUCCAACACCCGUGGUCGCGUUUGAUUGUGGCUUACCUAGUCACCUUCUUUAAUUUCCUCAUUUUUGCUGAGGACCCUGUCUCUCACAGUCAGACGGAGGCUCAUAUGAUUGUGGUGGGUAACUGCUUCUCCUUCCUGUUCAACAAGUACCCCGGCGGAGGAUGGAACGUCCUGAAAGUAAUGUGCUGGAUACUGGCCAUUAUCACAGGCCUGUUAGCUGGGAAGUUUAUAUUCCACCGCCGGCUCUUUGGUCGAUACCUGCGCCUGAAAAUGUUCCGCGAGGAUCACGGCUCCUGGAUGACCAUGUUCUUCAGCACUAUCCUCUUCCUCUUCCUCUUCUCACACAUUUACAACCUGUUCCUGCUGAUGGCUGGGAGCAUGGGGCCUCACAUGGUGACAGAGUACAUGGGCAUCAGGAAUGAGAGUUUUAUGAAGAUUGCUGCAGUGGGGACAUGGAUGGGAGACUUUGUCACUGCUUGGAUGGUGACAGACAUGAUGCUCCAGGAUCAGCACUACCCAUACUGGGGCAAAGCUGCCAGAAGGUUCUGGAAACAAGGCAACAACAGGAUCGUCCUCUUCUGGACAGUGCUGAUCUCUCUGACGUCGGUGGUGGUUCUGGUCAUCAGCACUGACUGGAUCAGCUGGGACAACCUAAACCGAGGCUUCUUGCCUAGCGACGAGGUCUCCAGAGCCUUCCUGGCCUCCUUCAUCUUGGUCUUCGACCUUCUCAUUGUCAUGCAGGACUGGGAGUUCCCUCACUUCAUGGGAGACCUGGAUAUGAACCUGCCAGGACUGUCAACCACACACGUGAAGGUCAAGCUUCCUGUCUGCAAGCGCAUCUUUAAAGAGGAAUACCACAUUCACAUUACAGGUAAGUGGUUCAACUACGGUAUCAUCUUCCUGGUGCUGAUAUUGGACCUGAACAUGUGGAAGAACCAGAUCUUCUACAAACCCUACGAGUAUGGUCAGUAUGUGGGGCCUGGCGAGAAGAUUUACACAGUGGAGGAGCCAGACACGCUCAGGGACUUCAACCGCAGCACCCUCACCUAUGAGUGGCGCUCCACCAACAUAGAUCCCAGCAGCAACCUGACUUACGUGGAACGGGACAUGUUCUUACACAGCCGCUACAUAGGAGCCAGCCUGGAUGUCAAGUGCCUGGCUUUCAUCCCGAGCUUGGCGGCAUUCGUUUUGUUUGGGUUCUUUAUCUGGUUGUUUGGGCGUUUCCAGGAUAGUGAGACCUUCCCGGAAAGUCAAGACAAGACCUACGAGAGGAUCAAAAGGAAGUCACCAUCGGAGUACAGCAAAGAGAUGGGUGUGACACCAGAAGACAUGCAUGCAUGUAUAACUAUGAGUGAUACUCUGAAAAGAUCAGGCACGCCCAUGCUCCUCUCAGUAGACGGACCACACUUUGGAACAACACCCUCUACUAACUCAACCUCACCUGUGUCCACAGGAACCCAAGAGACACAUCCCAGUAUUGUGAUUGACAAUGCAGCACAGGGGGAACCAGCAGUCUCUUUUGAUGUCCACAAACCAUCUCCGUGACCUUACAACCCUGGAGGCUAUGAACUAUAUGACUGUGGAAAGGUUGAAAAUGAGGCUGUAUCAUGUAAGGGCCUUGGAGGGCUCAUCUUUUACAGAUAUCAAGGCAGUAUGUUAUGCGCAUUAAGAUAUUGAAUUAUUGUUUUCUACUGAAAAGGUAGCGAUGGUGGGUCAUGCUGUGAUGCUAGUGCCCUCAGCCCUCUAGACAGGACAGAUGCUGAACUGGUUUGGGGUUUCAAGAGAAUAUCAUGAACAAAGAAAUGGGAAAUUAUCACCCAUGAUGACCACCAAGGAAGUCUUGAUGGCUUGUAUUCAUUUGCAGUUUUUGAAGUAUAUUUUUGUAAAACAGUCUUUUUCAAGGUCUCUAAAAUUGCACCAGUUCCAAAAAGCAGAUCUUUUAAAACAGAAUGCAAACUCAGACAGCAACGUAACUGACAUGGUGCUCGCUAGAUUUUGUGUUUUCAUAAUUCAAUUUUCUUGUACUAAAGUAUUUUGGUGCCUAUAUGAGAGGAGUAUUUCUACAGUUGUGGGUUUUAUUGUAUUACAACAGUAUUACACCUGCAGUAGUGCCUUGAUAUUUCAUACGUUCAGAUAUGGACAAACAUUUCCAGCAGCCUAUACUACUAAAGGCAGCAAACUGGAAGAUAUCCCAGUUUGUUCUGCUUUAAUUACAUGUUAUAUAUGCUUUUGUAUCACAUGGACAGUUGUUACUUUGUCAGAUCCUCAGUCUUAUUUUCUCAGUUUAAUUUAUUCUCUUGUGAUGUCUCCCCUACUUUUUUCAUGUGCAUCAUUCUUGUUUAAAUGACAUGAUUAUGAACAUCAAUGAAUGUUGAUGACCUAUUCAUUUCCCCACUCAUAUUAUUCGUUUGAAAGAUAAUAAAUGUAAUCAGCCGAGAACAAAUAGCAAACCAACAAGUCACCUCAUGAUUGCUUAUGUGGCUGGUGACACUGGAUUGAAUACCAAUGAGAUCAGAAAGGUAGUUUUGCCCUUGGCAUAAAGUUGUCAUUGAUGUACAGGGGAGAGUUGUGCAGCCAAGCCCGGGGCUUCUGUAUGCUCAGAAAACCUAAGAAGUAGUUUUUAACUUAUGGUAAACACAAAGAUGAUACUCUCCUGGAACAUUCUCCUGCUGUACCAAUUAUGUCUCCAAAUUAUUCAAAGUCUGUUUAAACAUCUUUGUGUGGCUCUAAAUAACAUUCACUUUCUUUUUCUUUUUGUGCCACAAAAUUUGUUCAAAAAACAUAUUUGGGAUUUUUGGUCGAAAAUCUGUUUCUUCGAUAGUUAUGUUAGAGAAGAGAAAUGCACUGGCAGUGUACCCUCUUUCUAUAAGAAAAUAUAUAAUUGGAAUCAAAUGCCACCCAUAAGACACCAGUCCUCACCUCUGUGCUCCAGUGCUCUGGAGUAGAAAACACCCAACAUGUUCAAAUUUCAUCAAAAAGUGUUUAAAGGACUUGGGAUGACGCUUGUUGCAAGAACAGUUAACACCAAAGGAAUUUUGAAAAGAGGAUAUAUAUUCAGAAAGCUUUUCUUGUGACUAAAAAUGAAUAAUGAAUAAUGCAUUUUAUAAAAUGUUUUGCCACCGAGACAAUGUAGAACAAGUGAAUAAAUGGUUGAAUAUUAACUAAAUUUAUAAAGUAAAGUCUCUUGAAUUUUCGCUCUAAUGGAAAGAGUAUUUUACAUAGAUUUUAGCCCAAAAAUUGCAAAUGUUAUUCUGAACUGAUUGUGUAGGAGAAUAAAAUGUGUUAAAAAAAAAAAAAAAAAAGAGUCAAAGGAGUUGAAUACUUAAUAGCCACAGUGUGAUGGAGUGAGCUGCCACAUCACUGCCUUCCACGUUUUUUCUCGAUUCAGCAAAUUUCUCUGAACGUGCUCUCAAAACAGUCCCCAUAACCCUCGAAACCAUCGACCGUCAUUAUAAAAAAAAGGCCAAGUCCAUCUCAAAAUGAAGUGCAAAUGUCUCUUCAAAUUAUAUUUCAAUAGAAACCAAAUCAAAAACAUCAAAGCUAGACAUAACAUCUAUUGACUAGAUGCUAUAUUCAGCUCUAUCCGCACAGAAAUACCAAAAAUAUUGUUUCUCAAAAGCUACCACAAUCCUUUAUAAUUUGGUGAUGAAAUGUAUUCUUUCACAUUUUGGGGUUUUUUUCCUCAAAAUUUGGAAAUAGUACAAUAUUUCAGUUUAACAGUACACAAUAGAUGAUCAGUUUUGGUAAUGCUUUGUUUGGGCAUUAUACAGAGAGGCUGUAUCGAUCAACAUGUAAAAUUUACAAUUUGCUUUUCACAUAUUAGCCUUGUAAACAAUGAUUUCCUCAUCAUUUCUUUAAUUAACAUCAGGCCAGAGUAUUCAGAGAAAAUAUAGUUUUAUGAUUUGCGUGAUUACAGUGAAAAGACAUUAACAGACUAUGGGUUUUAGGUAGUAUUGCUUUUAAAAUGAUAAAGAGUUUAGACUGCUGUGCAAAGUAUUUUUUACAGGCUCUUAUAUGUGUAUAGCAUGGUAUGUGUAGUUCAGUACUUGGCAAUGAAAAUGACUGGUUUUGUGAAAUUAUAAGGGUUUUAGAUUGCUAUGUUAUGAUGGCUAUGGCUGUUUUGAGAGCAUGAAAUAUGUCAGAACAACUCAGAAAAACUAAUACAGGUAUUGUCUGAGAAAAUGAUUUCCCUAAAACAAUGGGAAUAUUGAAAAAAAAAAAAAAAGCAACUUGUUAGCCAUUCCCCUGAAGCCUGACACACAUGCAAUAUCAGGGUCACCGUUUGAGGAGGCAAAAUGGAGAAUAAGGGACUAUUUGCAUGAAACUGACAAGUAAAAUACUAGAGAGUGGGAGUUUUGUAUUUUGUUCAACAUAUUGUGACAUUUGCUUUCAACCGAAACUGUGCUAUGUCAUUGUAAUUUUUUCCAAUAACAGAGUCUGCGGUGGUCACCCAACUGUGCAGGAUUUCCUUGUGUGUUUGUGUGUUUGUGUGUGCGCUUCUGACUGGGGGUGUGCUUGUGAGUGUUUGCACGCAUGUUGUGUGUUAGAUAUGACUGUGUGAGAGUGUGUGUGUGUGUGUGUGUGUGUGUUUCAAAGGAUGUUUUAUACUGUAUAGUGCAUGUUUGCGCGUGUGCACAUGCUUUUACUCAUGCACACACAGAUGCACGUGUGCGUAUGUCUGUUUAUGUGCAUUUGAACCUUGUUUUGUGUGUAGAUCCUCACAGCUUCAUUUGGUUUGCAUAAGUGGUUUGCAACUAUUGGUUCUGUAAUCACCUUUUUAUACAUUACAGCUCUGAGAAGUCAUUUCCGCUCAACUUUUUGUCAGUUUUUGGAGAUAUUGGCUGAGCUAAACCUGCAGUUGUUUCACCAAAGGGCAUAACCUCUCUGGACUGAAGGAGCUCUAACAACAUCUUUUCAAUGUAUCAUUUGCAGGUCAAAAAUAAAUGUUUAUCUUUAUGCUGUUUAUGUUGUUUUACACUGUAUCUUGUUGCAUUACUGACAGACUUUUGUCAGUUUGUGUGUUUGUGUUUCUUUCAAAUCAAUGGUUAAGUCCUUCCAAUGUUUGCUCAAUACUCUGUUGAAUCUUGUUACCAGUGAAUUAAUACAUUUGUUAUAUGCAAAA